GGGAUACCCCACGGGGUAUGUAGCAGGACGCGCCUCUACAGACACCGGGCGGCUGGGUACAGUCUGUAUACGACAGAGGCCAGUCAAGUAACCGAGCAUAACAGGCACAAGCACAACAUGGCCGAACACGCGAUAUCGGCAACAGCAGCGGAAAUGAACAUAUCUGUUCAUGCGUACCAGACCACGUUAACGAUUCCUGAUCGGCCCACCUUGCCGGAUUUCUUGUUCCAUUUUACUCGUCUCACUCAGUCGAUGAUGAUCUGGAUCGGCACCGUUUCAAGUGAUCAUUCGGCCGGCCAUUCUGCAGUCGAUACCUGCUUGGCCAAAGAUUGGUCUUGUGCUGUUCCUCCUUCAACAUCUUUCCCGGCCAUCUCAACUCGCUUGAAUUCGUCUAAUCCGACAGACGGAUUCAGUCAAGCGUUGGCCCAAAAAAUAGCUCAGAAGUUCAGAAUACAAGCGUUUGUCUCAAUCGAUCUUCCCGCUUCACUCCUCGGAUCGGAUUCGCAGAUCAAGUUCGCCCUCGAAAAACAGCUUUUUGGUCAUAUUCAAUCCUUACUAUCAACAAAGACUUCACAGGAGCCUAAAGAGAAAACUUGUUGACCACUGCAUGAGUUUAUCAUCUCCUAUAACACAAUUAAUCCGCGUGCAAAUGUCAGCCUUGUGGGGUAAUCGCAUGAAUUGAGGUGGACAAACGAACGUUUUUCAAUGAGCAUGCUCGUCAUCACUGGGAUGAUUGCCAAUCUAAUCUGUUGUACCAGUCGAUGAGGUUAAUCAAUAAAUUCAUGGUCUGGUUGUGGAAUGCUUAAAAUCAGAUAUAAGGGUUAUAUUAAAAGACUCGAUAAAUUAGCAUAAUUGCCUAUUCUUGCAUUUUGCACCUGUCAAAAUGUUGAACCAAGUCAAAGGGCCUCAACAAGAUCAGAAACCAAGGCGU